AUGGCGGUCACGAUGAAAAGAAAGCGUUUGAUCAAUCCAUCAAAAGUCAGUACUAGGGCUUAUCUCCAAACCCUAGUUGACAGCGGCUUGGCACGGCGGAGAACAACCAGAAUGGUCGCCGGAGCGUUCUACAUACCCAAACACAAUCCGGCGAAGCCUCUCGGAGAAGACUCGCACUUUGUCUGUUCGGAGGCGCAGACGAUCGGCGUCGGCGGCUGGGCAAAGAGGGGAAUCGACGCCGGAGAGUACUCCAGAGAGCUGAUGGCUAACGCCGUCUUAUCCGUUUGUCAUCAGAGAGAUACAGUCGGCUGCGUGGACCCCAUGACAGCCCUGGACGAAGCCUACGUGGACACCAAAGCACAAGGCUCUUGCACGGCGUGUAUCUUGACGUUAGUUGACGACUGCUUGAACGCCGUCAAUGUCGGCGACAGCGGCUUCGCACUCCUACGCGCCGGGAAAAUCGUCUACACCACCCCGCCUCAGCAGUCGCGGUUCAACUGUCCGUUUCAGUUGGGGAAAUCACGUGGCGACCCGACCGCGGCCGAGAAAUUCGAGGUGAAGGUGAAACCGGGAGACAUCAUCGUAAUGACGACAGAUGGAUUGUUUGACAACGUUCAUGAAUCCGAACUGGAAGAUUUGGUUAACGGAUCGGUCUCCAACAAGAAUCCUAUGAAGUUGGCGAGGAAGUUUGCUCGGUACGCGCUUAAGAAUUUCCUGAACGGAAACAUCGAUACUCCAUUCUCGGCGGCGACUAGGAUCGCUAGAAUCGACGAGCAUGCAAUCGGCGGCAAGUACGAUGAUAUAACAGUGGUAGUUGCUUAUAUUCAAUAA